UGUAUUCGUUGUUAUGCUUCUUCAGAGUUCAAAAUGGCAGAUAAGAAUCAUUUGAUUUUACUAUUCUGAUCGUACAGAUUCUAAUUUCAAUUUUCGAACUCAGUGCGGACAUUGAAUUUAGGAAGUACACUUGUCUGGAUACUCAGUCAGAAGGAACUCUUAAUAGUAACUAUUAUGGCUGCCAGUAAUUACUGCAGUUUGUUAUUGUGUGCCCUUUUAUUGUGUCUUAUGAAUGUUGUCAAUGCUGACUUUAGUGGCGUGCAAGAGCCCAUACCGGACCUAGAGAAAGCUUUGGAUAUGGCGGCGAUUCUACUAAGUGGCAAUAUUGAGGACGAAAUCGUCAAGUCGCAAAGCAAGAAAAUGGGUCCACUACCAAUAACUUUCGAAAAUGUUUACGCCGAACUUGACCGAGGUGAAAUAAUUCUUUUGAAACCAACAUUAAAACGUCUUCCUGAUCCUAUUUUACAUCAGCUCAAAGUGAAGCUUGAAGCCAAUCAUAUCGUGGUUGAUGCCGAAUGGAAAAAUGUUACAGUUCACGCAUCAUACGAGUCGUACUACGAACGAGGAAUGAACCUUCCAAUACGAAUCGAUGGUGAAUUAAGUUUCCGAUGGAAAAAAGUAAGAGCUUAUGGCCAUGUUGGAAUUUUCGUGGUUAACGAUACCGUCCAAGCUGUCAAUAAUGAUAUUGUUUAUGACUUUGACUCGUUAGUAAUGGAUGUCGUUGAUCAUAAUUCAGAACAUGUUACGGAGGAUGCUGUUAUCGAUGCCUGUACGAACAUUGCUUCCAAGUUAUAUUGGGACUUAAGAUGGGAAUUAAGAAUGUCCAUUGAAGCCAAGAUAAAUGAAUUCCUCGCAGAUUUCAAGCUUUCAGAGCUAUUCAGGACACCGGAAGAUGUUUCCUUCUAUCGUGCGGCUACAGAGAGUUUCACGAAGCAAGCGAACAGCGUCGUUGAUGGAUUUUUAAAAUCCUUUCAAAAAGCGAUAAGAGAGAAACACAUAAAAAAAGUUCCACUGAAGAACAUGGCGAAAUACGUUGACGCUAAACUUGGAAUUGUCAGUUUACAAGGAAAUUUCACAGCAUUGGACGGGUUUGCUGGAGACUUAUCCAGCAUAGAAAGAGUGGGGGAUUUUUCUAUUUGGACACCCGAUGAAGAUGGACCAAUACAAUUAACAGGUUACAUUCAAUUUCGUGAUUUUUCGGCUAGUUACAAUCACUACGAAGCGACAGCCGGUCAUAUCCAAAUAUUGGGCAAACUUCGAGCGUCGACUAUAUAUAACUUAGUAGCAUUAAAGAUGCUUCUAGUGCCAGAUUCGAAGAGUCCAUUUGGAUAUAACCUUACAGUUGAUAAUUUGAAAGAUGUUCGGCUUGGGUACAUAUCAGUACACAUUACUGGAAUGGGUCCUCUUGACAACUUCGUUUCCUUGAUUGCGUCCAUAGUGCUGAAUCACUUCAAGGCGGAUCUCAUUGGAGAAAUAAAUAAGAACUUAAAUUAUAUCAUGGAUAAGAUUACAAAAGGAUCUUCGUAAAUUACCAAAGAAAGUCAAUAUUGUUAUUAACUUUUUGUGCAAUUACUUAUUUGUUAAAAACAUACUUAGAUUAGUUUACUAUGAAUAAUAAAAAUAUACCAAA